AUGUUCAUAUUCCCUACAUACGAUUUCGGUCCAAUGGGGUGCGCUCUUAAGGCAAACAUGCUGCAAGAAUGGCGUAAACAUUUUGUUCUCGAAGAAGGAAUGCUUGAAGUGGACUGUACGUCGCUCACACCUGAGGCGGUGAUAACGAAAUUCGGCUUCAAAUCACCAACUACCGGAAACGAUUUGACCCCUCCAAUCGCUUUUAAUCUUAUGUUUCCAUCUCAAAUAGGACCAACGGGAGAUUUCAAGGCAUAUUUGCGUCCAGAAACCGCCCAGGGUAUAUUCGUCAAUUUCAAGCGUCUUCUAGAAUUUAAUCAAGGCAAACUACCGUUUGCUGCGGCUCAAAUCGGCCUUGGAUUCCGUAACGAGAUCUCACCACGUCAGGGACUCAUCCGUGUCCGCGAAUUUACUAUGUGCGAAAUUGAGCAUUUUGUUGAUCCAAAUGAUAAAACUCUUCCGAAGUUCAAGAAGGUACGUUCUUAUCCGAUGGUGCUGUUCUCCGCCUGUAAUCAAAUGGACGGACAGCCGGCUGUAUCGAUGACUAUAGGAGAAGCAGUAGAAAAGGGUGUUGUGGCGAAUGAAACGUUAGGAUAUUAUAUGGCCCGCACGCACAUGUAUUUGGUCAAGGUUGGGGUGGAUUCACGGCGUCUCCGUUUCCGCCAGCAUCUCGGAAAUGAAAUGGCGCAUUAUGCUCAGGACUGUUGGGAUGCUGAAAUUCUGACCAGUUACGGGUGGAUCGAAUGUGUUGGUAAUGCCGACCGCUCAUGUUAUGAUCUUACGCAGCACUCAAAGGCCACGAAUACCAAGCUGGUAGCUGAGAAGAAACUGGAUGAACCGCGAACGGUGAAUGUUGUGGAGGUUGUUCCAAAUAUGGCAAUAUUAGGAAAAGAAUUCAAAAAAGACGCGAAGAGGAUUCAAAUAGCUCUUGCGCAAAUGUCUGAGGAAAACAUUGAGAAUCUUGAGAAGCAGAUUCAAGCAGAGGCGUUCAAGCUGAAAGUGGAUGAUGAUGAGUUUUCGUUGACAUCAAACAUGUUAACGGUGAAGAGGUCGACAAAGACGGUUCACGUCGAAGAGAUCACUCCAUCAGUAAUCGAACCAUCGUUUGGAAUAGGUCGUGUCAUGUACGCUGUUCUGGAGCACUCGUUCAGACAACGAGAGGGAGAUGAGCAGCGAACGUUCCUUGCUCUACGACCACUGGUGGCGCCAAUAAAGUGUUCAGUGCUGCCGAUAUCUGCAAAUGAAAGGCUCAAUCCGAUCAUUGAAGCAGUUUGCGAGGAACUGAAUCGAUACGAGCUCAGCCAUCGUGUGGAUGACAGCGCAGGUUCAAUUGGACGGCGAUACGCACGAACGGAUGAGAUUGGAAUUCCUUUCGGAGUUACAGUUGACUUCGAAUCAGAGAAAGAACCAUGGACCGUUACAGUGCGACAUGCUGAGAGUAUGGAACAAAUCAGAGUGGAGUUGACUGAACUCGGCAGUCUCGUGUCGGCGCUCUCUAGUGAACGAAUGGACUGGGAUACUGCGAAGCGAAUGUACCCAAUAUUUGAGGCCAAGAGUGACUAG